ACAGGCACCAUGAAGGUCUCUGCAGUCGCCCUCACUGUCCUUGCUGUCACCAUCCUCUGCACCCCUGCAUCUGCCUCUCCAUAUGCCUCGGACACCACGCCCUGCUGCUUUGCCUACAUCUCCCGCGCACUGCCCCGCGCCCACGUCCAGGAGUAUUUCUACACCAGUGGCAAGUGCACCAACCCAGCAGUCGUCUUUGUCACCCGAAAGAACCGCCAAGUGUGCGCCAACCCACAGAAGAAAUGGGUGCGGGAGUACAUCAACUCUUUAGAGAUGAGCUAG